UAAAGGCACAUGGUGCGAUUUUAACCUAACAUAUGGGACACAUUGAAUUUAUUUGUAUCAUAUUUGUUACAUAUUGUGUUAUUUGUUAACGAAUUUUGAUUAAUUAAAUUUACAAUUACGUACUAUUUCUGACACGAUGGCUAAAACACAUACCACUAACAAAGCCCCGCGAAAGCAGGGCUUUAAGCGUUCAGGACACAGUAUGAAUCCUGAACGUUCUACAGAAGGAUUGAAAGGAGUUGGUAAGGUACGGACGAAAGCAACUAUUCAAAGAUUGCAGAUGUAUCGCAAUCAGAAACCAAAACGCAAUCGUUCUGGGAAGAUUAUUAGCCCCGCGCCGUUUCAAGGCUGGAACACCUCUGGAACCAUGUCGCGUGUGGAGCCGUCCCAAAGGUGGUUUGGUAACUCGAGAGUUAUCUCGCAGAAUGCUCUGCAAAAGUUUCAGAAUGAAUUAGGAACCGCUAUAAAGGAUCCCUAUAAAGUCGUCAUGAAACCCACUCAAUUGCCUAUCACCUUACUUCAGCAGAAGGCGGCGAACGCACGAGUACACCUUUUGGAUACAGAGAGUUUUGAAAGUGUUUUUGGCCCGAAGAAAGUUAGAAAGAGGCCGAAUUUGCCGGUAACAUCGUAUGACGAAUUGAAGAACUUGGCCGAGAAUAAGGAAGAUACUUAUAACAAGGAGAAAGAUUCCAAAGAUUACGAUCUUGUUCGUGAGGACACUGGCGUGAAGGACGCACAGAGAGACUGGAUCAUGGCGGCCGGACAAAGUAAAAGGAUAUGGAACGAGCUAUACAAAGUCAUUGACUCCUCCGACGUUAUCCUGCAGAUAUUGGAUGCCAGGGAUCCGAUGGGGACUAGAUCUCCGCCUGUGGAGAAAUAUCUGAAAACCGAGAAGCCUUACAAACACCUGAUAUUCAUCCUGAAUAAAGUAGAUCUGGUGCCGACGUGGAUCACGCAAAGGUGGGUGGCGAUUCUGAGCAAAGAAUAUCCAACGGUCGCCUUUCACGCUUCCUUAACGCAUCCCUUCGGCAAAGGUUCCUUGAUAAAUCUGUUGAGGCAAUUUGCGAAAUUGCACGUUGACAAGAAGCAGAUCAGCGUUGGUUUCAUAGGGUAUCCCAAUACAGGAAAGAGUUCCAUCAUAAAUACCCUGCGUUCCAAGAAGGUCUGCAAAGUGGCGCCUAUAGCUGGAGAAACUAAAGUAUGGCAGUACAUAACUCUCAUGCGCCGUAUCUAUUUGAUAGAUUGUCCCGGCGUCGUUUAUCCGUCGACGGAAACCGACACGGAAAAGGUAUUGAAGGGAGUCGUUAGAGUGGAGCUCGUUCAGGACCCGGAAGAUUACAUCGCCUCUGUCCUAGAAAGAGUGAAGCCCGAAUACAUUCGUAAGACGUACAAGAUAGACGUAUGGCUAGAUCAUAUUGAUUUCUUGGAAAAAUUGGCGCGUCGAAGCGGCAAGCUUUUAAAGAAAGGAGAGCCUGACAUUACGAUCGUCGCACGUAUGGUGCUCAACGAUUGGCAACGCGGUAAACUACCUUUUUACGUCCCACCUGUGGGCUUCGAGGAACCGUUAUCAAGUCAAACAGCUAAUACGAGUGAAACAGUUACCACGCAAGAUAAUACGUUAACAAUCACCAAUAAUGACAAGACUCAAGAGACCGAUAAGCUACCUUCAAAAGAGAUAACAAAGAGCCAACUGGCAGUGACACAAGAUUUUAGAAAAAUACGCGUUGGAUUGCCUUAUUCCGGUGACGAUAUUAAGAAUCUAGAGCAGAAUAAAUCCUUCACUGAAAGUAUCGCAGAGGAUGAUAGUAGGGUGGAAAGCGAGUCGGAAUUGGAGGAUUCGGAAUUGGAAGAUGCGGAAAUAGAAAAUGAUUCGUGUACGGCAAGAGAUAAAUUUGACGAUUUACAAAAAACAAAGAUAAAGAAUGUCAAAGAUAAAGAAUGUUCCUCAAACAAUGAUGAUAAUGUUAUCGAAAACGAUGAUGAAAUAGAUAAAAAAGAAUCUGAUAUGGAAGAAAGCAAUGAGUAUUCAGAUUCGGAAGUGCUUUUACCUAUCGAACGAGAUAAUCUGAAACAGACUGUGUUUGACGUCGUAGAUAAUGAAUAUGAUUCUAGUGAUACUGAAAUGGUCCCUUCUAAAACAGUAUCAAGCGAUAUGCAAAGUGUCUCAUCGAUAUCUCGCAAAAAAACGAAAGAAAAAUUGACGAGCAAACAGCGAAGGGCUAUAGAACGCGCUAGUAAAAGGAAAAAGAUCGGAAGCGAUUUCUACGAAGUCACGAAUGUGAAGAAUAGGAAUAGAAACAGGAAAGUUCCGAAGGUUAAGAGAAAAUAAUAAAUUCUACAAUCAAUUACGUCGACUCCACUCAAAUAUUUGUAAAACGUAAGGAAACCUUAACAAAGUUGUAAAAUAUAUAUUUUAUAUUUAUCAAA